AUUAUUCAAGCAAUCAUCACAUAGAGGUCGGAGUUGCAUUGCAUGUAAGAGCAAUGCAUGAUCUGGAAGGCAUUUCUCCCAUGUGUAAACUACGUCCAUCCAUAGCCGAAAGGAUACAUUCCACGACAUUUACAGGUACUUACUGUCCAAUUGUAUGGUCCAAUCCUGCAGUCCUUACUCAAAAAAAGCUCCUAUUGACGUCAACUGGAGUCUCGUCUGAGUAAAGACUGCAGGAUCGGAAUCUCAAUAGUGAGUAAAAAGGAGGCGGUUAACCCAGAAUAAAUGAGCGACACACACUUCGUACUAUCCUGUGGUAUGAUCACACACAAUGCCCGAACAGAAAAUAGAGAAGCCUUCUGCCUGGCGCUGUUGCCUUCGCCAAAGAUUCCUUCACAACACAUAAUUAGCCUAGUAAAGUCUUUUCUAGGAAAAUGUGGCAACAAACAUUUCAAUUUCUAGCCAAGGAGCCUUCACUUCAACAGCAGUCUCUCCCCUUCUCUGCACUUGCUCAAGAAGACUGAUUUUAAAAAUCAAUUAUUCGAUUACCAUACUCAUCCAUACAUAGCAACAUUCUCAGCAUCUGAUGUUUCAAAUCCGGCUACAACCGCAUCUUAACACACACGGACAAGAACAACAAUAAAAUAAGAUCAAGCAAGUUUCCAAGGUCUGCUAAAUCGCAGUCAUCUGGGGAGGGAAGAUUGUCUUAUUUUGGGAUUCCUCUUAAUACCCCUUUUCAAGUCUCUCAUGAGAGGAAGGAUUUUGCAGACAUUUAAAGUCCUUCUCAUCAACAUUAAAAGAAAAUCUUCUUUCAAAAUCCCCUCUUCACAGAUCGCAGGUUCCCUUCUUCUUAGCGCAGGCCUAAGUCCAAACUCCAGUCGGAUUCAUCUAGAUGAUAACGGAAAAAGAAAGAGAAACUCGGAAGCAGAGGAAGGGUGGAGAAAGGCAGAGACACAGACGGAGAGGGACAUCAGCUGUGGCAGCCGAGAGGCGAGACGAAGCAGACGGAGAAGCUCCAGCUGCUGUGUGUUGCAGGGAGGGGAGGAAAGCAGUGGCGGAAACAGGGCUGGCUGGCUGGCUGAGUGAACGAGGAGGAGGCAGCGGGAAGGGGGAGGCUGUUGGUGUUUGGCGCCGGUGGAGGGAGUCAUUCCUGCAGCUGCACUUCCGGUCGGCAUUUUGUUCUGAGAGGGAGAGAGACACACACAGGAUCCUUCCCCCUCCUCCCCCACUGCUUGGUACCGACUCACCGUGCCUAAACUCCCCCCCCAGCUCGCAUACACUCACACGCACAGAGGGAGAGGCGGUGGCGGCAGCGCCCCCCCCGGGUCGGUGUGUCUCUCGGAACCGGUUCUGCCCGGCCCGUGUUGAUGUUGUGAAGCAGGCUCAGGGGGAAGGGAUUUGUUUCGGCCGCUCACCCUCCGGCUCUACAUGUUCGCUGCACUGAGGAGGAGACGGAAGAGGAGCCAGCCCCCCUCCCGGCCCGGAUUAUUGUUGUUAUAUUAUCUCCCCUCCGCCUCCUGCUCCGCGGCGGCGGCGGCCCAGCAGCGGCGGCGGCGGCUUCUCUGAGGAGGGAGGGGGGCGGAUUCCUCUCCCCCUCUCUCGGAUUCUCGUUGGAUUCAGACGCCGAUUUGCUCAGUGCUUGGGAGAUGGAAAGAAAUGAUAGCUGGCACCUGAACUAAAAUAUUUGUGUAGGCACCCAUCCCAGAGCUUCAGGAUGAAUGGGGAUAUGCCUCAUGUUCCCAUCACUACUCUUGCAGGGAUUGCUAGUCUCACAGACCUUUUGAACCAGCUGCCUCUUCCAUCACCUUUACCUGCUACAACUACAAAAAGCCUGCUCUUUAAUGGACGGAUAGCAGAAGAGGUAAACUGCCUUCUGGCCUGCAGGGAUGAAAAUCUGGUUUCACAACUUGUACACAGCCUCAACCAGGUGUCAACAGAUCACAUAGAAUUGAAAGAUAACCUUGGCAGCGAUGAUCCAGAGGGAGAUAUACCAGUCUUGCUGCAGGCUGUCCUGGCAAGGAAUCCUAAUGUUUUCAGGGAGAAAAGCAUGCAAAACAGAUACGGGGUACAAAGUGGAAUGAUGAUGCCACAGUAUAAACUUUCUCAGAAUUCCAUGCAUGGUAGUCCUGCAUCUUCCAAUUAUCAACAAACCACUAUUUCACAUAGCCCUUCCAGCCGGUUUGUGCCACCACAGACAAGCUCUGGUAACAGAUUUAUGGCACAACAGAACAGCCCAGUGCCUAGUCCAUAUGCUCCUCAAAGCCCUGCAGGAUACAUGCCAUAUUCACAUCCUCCAAGUUAUACACCACACCCUCAGAUGCAACAAGCUUCAGUAUCCAGUCCCAUUGUCUCAGGUGGGAUGAGGAACAUACAUGAAAAUAAAGUUUCAAGUCAGUUGUCUGGCAAUUCAGCUAAUCACCAUACUGAUAAUUCUAGACAUGGCUCAAAUGAAGACUACCUACAGAUGGUGCACAGACUAAGUAGUGAUGAUGGUGAGUCUUCAAUAAGGAAUACUGCAUCAUUUUCUUUGCGGUCACCCCAGUCAGUGUGCUCUCCAGCUGGAAGCGAUGGAACACCUAAAGGUACUCUUGUAGCUAAAACAGGUU